GACAUGGCAGCCAAUGGAGACAGCUGUGAUAAGACUCAGAGACGCACAGGAAUGAAAGAGAAACAGAAUGGCAACUCCACAGACUCAAGCAUAAGAGAGAGGCGACAGAGAGAUAAAGAAGAGCGCCUGUCUCUUGUGUUAUGGAGGAGGCCUUUUAUUACACUCCAUUACUUCCUCCUUGAGACCUUAAUCAAGCUAAGGGAGUGGACAAUUAAGCUUUGGCAACGACGGGGGAUUGUGUGCUUAGUUUUUGUGUUAUGUAGUCUUUUCUCUGCUGCCUACUCCAUAGAGGGAUCACAUCAAAAAUAUGUCAAGUACCUAGAGAAGAGGUUCCUCUGGUGUGCGUACUGGGUAGGUCUCGGAAUUCUGUCAUCUGUUGGGCUUGGGACUGGUCUGCACACCUUCCUUCUCUAUCUGGGCCCUCAUAUAGCAUCUGUGACAUUAGCAGCGUAUGAGUGCAACUCAACAGAUUUCCCAGAGCCUCCAUACCCAGACCAGAUUGUAUGUCCUCAACUUGUAGGAUCUGAGGGAAGUAUCUCCCUCUUCUCCAUUAUGUCAAAGGUCCGCCUGGAAGCCUGCAUGUGGGGUGCAGGCACUGCCAUUGGAGAGUUGCCUCCAUAUUUCAUGGCCAGAGCAGCACGUCAGUCUGGGACUGAUCCUGAAGAUGAAGAAUAUGAGGAGUUUGAGGAGAUGCUGGAGCAGGCUGAGAAUGCACAGGAUUUUGUCACCAGAGCAAAAAUGGGAGUCCAACAUAUGGUGCAGAAAGUGGGAUUCUUUGGCAUCUUGGCUUGUGCUUCGAUCCCAAAUCCGCUUUUUGACUUGGCGGGAAUCACAUGUGGGCAUUUCCUUGUUCCCUUUUGGACCUUCUUUGGUGCAACGCUCAUCGGUAAAGCCAUCAUCAAGAUGCACAUCCAGAAGCUGUUUGUUAUCAUCUCCUUCAGCAAGCACAUUGUGGAGCAAAUGGUGUCUCUGAUUGGGUCUAUACCCAAAGUAGGAUCAUCACUUCAGAAGCCCUUCAGUCAUUAUCUGGAAGCACAAAGGAACAAGCUGCAUCAUGGAGAAGGAAGAAAAUCAUCUGAUGAGAACUGGCUAUCCUGGCUGUUCGAGAAGCUGGUGCUGGUCAUGGUCUGCUACUUUGUCAUCUCCAUUGUCAACUCGAUGGCUCAGAGUUAUGCCAAGCGGCUUCAGCAGCAAAAGCACUUGGUUGAGAAGACCAAGUGA